GUCGUUAACAUAAGAGACGGAGCAAAACUUUAGUUACAAAUCGUUCCUCCUCCUCCUCAUCUUCCUCACAGCUCUCGCUUCUGAUCUCUUACUUGCACAGAAAUCGAAAAUUUUCUAAAGCUUUUGUUCUAUUCUCUUCGUUUUCCUCUGGUAAUUGAAUCGUCGAAUUUGAAACUUGAUUUUCCCGUGUGUAUUUUUUUGAUGAUUUGUGAUCGUUUCUAAAAAUUAUAGUUUGAUCUUUUCAUGAUCCGUUGAUGAUUAUGACGGCUAGAGUUUAUUAACUUUCACUGAUGGGUUUCGGUUCUGUUUAUCGAUCUCUAACGGAAAUAUUUCCUCAGAUUGAUGCACGAAUUUUGAGGGCUGUUGCAAUAGAACACCCAAAGGAUGCUGAUGAAGCUGCUGCUGUGGUUCUUUCAGAGAUUAUUCCUUCCUUUUCCUCAAAUUUGUUCCAUAAUUUUACUCAAUCUUCGUACAAGUCAUCUGGAAGCAUUUCAGAGCGCGAAGUAGAACAUGGUUUGGAAGAUGUUGCUUCUAGGUGCCGCCCUUUUCUUGGAGCUUCUGGCUCAAAGGCCAGCACUUCUUCUUCUUCUUCUUCUUCAGAAACUCUUCCCCUGGUUGUUACCCGUGACCACAAUACCCGUGCUCUAAGUACUGAUUUGGUCUCAAACAUGAACGAGCUAACAACCUUGCAACCAAAUGUUGAUCCUGAUGUUUGCCAUAAAGACCUUGAAAGUGAGGAAAUUCAAUCAGUGAAAAAGGCUCGUGGAAAAGAGAAUGGAAACUAUGAUUUAUUUGGUAGGUGUUUUGAUGUUACGAGCAAUGCAAAAAUUGGUUUGGAUGUGCCAGAGGAUGAUAUUGCCUCAGUCGUCUCUCUCUUUUCCCUAGAUAAUGUUAAAUUGGCUAGCAAUUUUUGGGAAGAUCUUGGUUUUGAUAUCACAUGGAAUCAAGCAGAAAAUGCUGUAUCGAAGCUGGUCGAUUCAACUCCUGGGGAUACUAUGACAACUACACAGCAAGGUUCAUGUUUUGAAGUUGGCCAUGGGAGUACAAAUCUUGUGGACGAGACUUCAAAUCGUUCUUUGUUCUCUGAAAAUGGUGAUACUGAAAUAGGUGAUGCUUUUAGCACAUCAACGCAUGUAUGCAGCGUUGAUCAACUUGAAGAUAUUAUUGAAGAUGCCAAAAGUAAUAAGAAAAACUUGCUUACUGAGAUGGAAACGGUUACAAAUAUAAUGAGAGAAGUUGAACUAAAGGAGAAAGAUGCAGAGAAGUCAAAGGAGGAAGCUGCUAGGGGAGGUUUAGAUACUCUUCAAAAGGUUGAGGAGCUCAAGAAGAUGCUGGAACAUGCGAAGGAAGCAAAUGACAUGCAUGCUGGAGAAGUAUAUGGAGAGAAGUCAAUUUUGGCCACUGAAGUAAAAGAGCUUGAAAACCGGUUGCUCAACUUAUCAGAAGAAAGAAACAAAUCUCUUGCUAUCCUUGAUGAGAUGCGAGGAAGUCUCGAAAUAAGACUAGCAGCAGCACUGGAGUUGAAAAAGACUGCUGAGAAAGAAAAGAAAGACAAAGAAGAUUCUGCACUUAAGGCACUUGCUGAGCAAGAAGCCAACAUGGAGAAAGUGGUCCAAGAAUCGAAGCUUCUACAGCAGGAGGCAGAGGAAAAUUCCAAGCUUCGAGAUUUUCUUAUGGAUCGUGGUCAGAUUGUUGAUACCUUACAAGGAGAAAUUUCUGUGAUCUGUCAAGAUGUGAAGCUGUUGAAAGAAAAAUUUGAAAACCGAGUGCCUUUAACCAAAUCGAUCUCCUCAAGCUUCACUAGUUCAUGCGGAUCAUCUAUGAAAAGCUUGGUGCUCGAGAACCCUUCUGAGCGAUUGAAUGGAGUGACUGAAACCUCAAACAACAACAAGUUCCCAGAAGCAGCAGCUUUCUUCAUGAACAAAGAGAAAGAUGAUUGUAGAGAUCUUCUUGAAGAUGGAUGGGACAUCUUUGACAAGGAGACCGAACAAGUUGUUUGGUACUGAAGAAUGAAGUUAUUGUACAUAUAGGGUACUUAAAUGCUAAAAAUAAAUGGAUUGGUUUCCUACUCUUUUAGACCAAAACUUGGAUUGGGAUUUAUAUGUGGUUCUAGCUUUAUUUAACUUAUGGAUUUUCUCAGUCUUUUUGUGGUUGUUUGACAAAGCCAAUGUUUUAAGAAAUUUUUUAGUAAAAGGGACGUUAAAUGAUCCAUAAACCUGUUAGAUUAUUCUAAUCUCUUCAAAAGAUGGUUCAAUGCAUAAUCAACAAUAAACAAACGGAAAUAAAGAUCGUAGAUAAUUGUUUUAACAUACAUCUACUCUAAAUCUUAUUACCAUGGAGCUACUCUAAAUCUUAUUAUUACCAUGGAGUCGAGACAGUUGUCUGAAACUCAAGCUCCUCAUCUUUGAUCUCUUGAUCAAUGGUUUCUGCACAUGUCUUCAUUUCACCAAUCCUUUUGUCAGCCGCUUCUUUCUUCUCCUUGGCAACCAAUGCUUGUCUCUUCUUCUCAAUAAUUAUGCGUUCAAAGUCAGCAAACUCUUCUUCAAACCUCUUCCUUUCGAUCUCUUCACAUUCAAUCUUCUUCUCAAGACAUUUUCUUUCCUCCGCUUUCUUUGCUCGCUUAUCUUGGAGGGGCAACACUUUGCUGAUCCGUGACAAUGGAUCUGUAACGUUGAAACCGUGCUUCUCGAGCUCCGCCAAAGAACUACUGAGGCUACUUAGUUUGCUUGAGGAAUCAUCGAGCUGCAGAUCUUUGACUUCCUUUAAUAAACAAUAGAAAGUCACCAUCAUACCAACCGCGGACCAUUCGCGGAUAUCUUCUUUAGCCUUGAACAACGGGCUGAAAUGAGGACUUUGUGGUAAUGAUUUGUACAAUUCAUCUGUUUCAUAGCUUUUCCAAAACGGUAACUUCUUUGCAAAAGGAGAAAUAGUUCGUGCACUCUUUGCUGGAGUUUCCUCUGCAUCAGCAGCAAAACUGUUCACCACACUCAAGCUCUGAUAAUAUGGUAGCUCAGUAGAGAGCGGCUGAUCAUCAACAUCAUCAUUGUUGCAGAUACUUUUACCUGUAUUACUAAUCUCAGACUCUGAACCAUUACAAGUCCCAUCAAUUUCAUCCAUAACGGAAGAAGCUGAGUUGUGUUUUUCUUCUCUCUUCCUUUUUGUGCUCCCGUCUUUGCUAUUCUCCUCCUCAGGCAACAUCUGUUGAGUUGAAUCAUUUCUCAAGCAAUUCUGAUUCCGCAUCGGCUCAAGUUUGUUUCCUUCAGCGUUGGCCUCUGUUUGUUUCAACGGUGUUACACAUGAAACAGAUUCUUCUGCUAUGGUUAUUACAGGAGGAGUAGUGUCAUUCAUCAGAGACCAAUCCCCAUCUUUUCCAACUUUCCAGUGGCAGCAACAGUUUCAGCUACAGAGAGUUCCUCGACAUUUUCCUCAGGGUUAAAAGAUAUUCUCGCAUGUUUUGUAGCCAUUUUAGGAGUCAUUGGCCUAGCACCAGAAGAAGAGCACAUUGGCUUCUGUUUGAUGGCGUUGGAAGGACUUUCCUUUACGGGUUUCUGCUGUGGUCCGUUAUGCCAAACCCCAUCUUCCCACACCUUAAAAGGCCUAAGAUCCGAGUGUUUCACGACCAACUUAUCCUUGGUAGCCUCUAAAGUAACCGUGUACUGUUUCUCAAUGUGAACUCCCUUCACCACCCCUUGACGCCAACUCGAACCAUGAAACACCUCUACACAAUCACGCAAGUCAUACUCUUCAACGAAAAAAAGAGGCGGUCUAGGCCUAACACAGCAUGAAUCAACCGUCAUGUUUGGUUUUGCCUCAUCAACACGGCAACUCAAGUGUUUAUUGCAUACCUUCACUAUAAAUUUCUUCUCACCACUCUCCUCAAUCUCCUUAACUAUCAUUGCCGUAACCCAGGAAACUUCAACUUUAUCUAUUACACAACUUACUUCAACUAAUGUCCCAGGGCUAAACAUGGACUUACUCAGUUCCCUGACUUCUGGUUGGACCCAUUCCGAACCCGUCCAGUCAAGAUGUGCUCGCAAAUGCUUUGUCUCGAACUGAAUAAUGUCUGGUGGACAAUCGAAGAGAACCAAAUAGCUGUCGUUCUCCAUUUUAUUUAUCACAACGCCGGUUCUCCAUCUGUGUUUGUAAUCAGCAUCAACCAUCGUUCCUUCCUCAAAAACGACGCCGUUGUAAAGGUUUUCCGGCGGAACCGGUCUUAUGAACCUCUGUUCGACCGUUGGAGGAGACGAAGAACCUUCUUUGUUGAGCGACUUCGUCAUGUAACUAAAUCGUAGCUUUUUGCUUUCCGAUGUCGGAUUCGUUGGGGUUUCCUCCAGAAUUGCUCUGUACCAAGCGUUUCUAAACCCAUCUUCUUCAGAGAAGAUCUCUACUUCACAAUCUUUGAAAAUCGCCAUUGACAGAAACUAACAAUGUUUAGGCUCCAAAAACAAAACCCUAAAAACAAAAGUAGUAAAAAUCCACUCUUGAAGUGACACCUUAAAACGGCAAUAUCCACUCUUGAAGUGAAAACAGCUCAGCUCACUU